AUGUUAGAUGAAUAUGGUCAACGUUCACCACAAUUUCCUUCCAAAAAUGUACAUCCAAUUAGUCAAACAUUGUUCAAUCGUGUUGUUAAUACAACAGAGAGACAACAGCAAACACCAUCGUUCAUUGUCAUUUUAACAAUAGCCAUGGCAGCAUUAAUUACCGUUACAUCAACAUGUGUCGUCAUUUUUCUAUUAUGUAUAAGGUUACAAUGUUAUCGUAAGUUUCGUUCUCGCCGUCGCGAUAAUUCAUGGUCGGCAAAUGUUGUAAAAACAAGUAUAAACAACCAAAAUUCAUUAUCAAGUGUUUUACCUAAUUAUGGUUGUGUGACUCCAUCUAAUUCUCGUUAUCCUUCACUGCCAAUGACAACUGACUCAAAUCUUAGCUUACCAAAUAAUGAUGAAAUAAAAACAUUUGAUACAUAUAUUCAACAACAUACACCAUCUAUUCGUACUAACGAUGUUUACGAAGAAAUCACAUCCGGUACCGAUCAGUCACACCCAUGUUGUACAUGUACUCUCACAUGGAAACGUCAUUGUUUAAAACCCAUAGCAACGACAAAUCUACACCAUCCUGGUGUACAUUUAUAUUAUGCCUGUGAGCCACAACCAUCAGCGAUUGUUUGUCAAACGUGUCUACUCGAAUCAGCUGUAGUAUGUAGGACUAAAACGUUGCAACAACAACAAAAAUUACAACCAGAGUGUUUAUGUACGUGCAAUCAAGAAACGUUGAAAAAUAAUUUCUUUAUACCAAUACGCAGUACAAGUUGA